CUUGUUUACCGUUUUAUCGAUUCUAAUAAUACAGUUUCCACGCUUCGCCAUUUCUCCCGCUUCGAGCUUAGGACUGGAAGUCUGGAACAAUCUUUUCUGCUUCUUUCUCCAAAAGUGUUCAUCCCAAUUGCCAUGUCUGAGAAUCCAUUUCAACCAAUAUUUCAAACCUUUCAAAGAAUUUCAAAUUGUAUUCAAUCCCAACUCUCUUCUCUCACUGGCUUAACUAUUCACGCUCCACAUCCAAAUGAAAAACCUCUUCUUUUUCUCUCCUCUUACUCCAAACCUACUGAUGUCUCCACCAAGGGAACAACCUCACAGCCAGUGACUAAGGAGGAGCUUGGAAGGUCCACCUGGACAUUUCUUCACACUCUUGCAGCUCAGUAUCCAGAACGCCCGACCAGGCAGCAGAAAAAGGAUGUGAAAGAACUGAUGGCGAUCUUAUCACGGAUGUAUCCAUGCAAGGAAUGUGCGGAUCACUUCAAAGAAGUUCUGAGAGCAAAUCCUGUACAAGCUGGAUCUCAAGUUGAGUUCUCUCAAUGGCUAUGUCAUGUUCACAAUGUUGUUAACAGAAGAUGGAAUAUUGCUUUGGAGAAGUGUUCUCUUAAGUCCAUGUUCUGUCCUUAUUUUCUUCUUUUGUUCAACAGCCUAGGCAAGACCAUAUUCCCUUGCGAGCGCGUUGAUGCUAGAUGGGGUAAGCUGGAUUGUGAGAAGCGGAUGUGCGAUUUACAGGGAACAAACACUUUCGGGGACGACAUCUUAUAAGACUUUACUUCCUAUAUUUUCUCUUGUUUGUCGAUAUUAAGAUCACUUUCAAUUGAAUAUGGUUAUAUUUAUCCGGUGCUUAUUUUAUAAUUGUUGGCAAUAAUGGAAGUUUAUUAGUUAUAAUUACAUUUA